AUGUCCCACUCUCCCGAUUCUCAGAUUGCUCACCACCAUGUCGUUAGUCCUCAGGUGAAUGGAAUGUCGAGCCAGGCAUAUAUAACCAGGCGUCUACCUUUGGAUGUUCUCCAUGAGAUUUUCUUCCAUACUGCGCAGAUAACACAGAGCGGUAUGCCUCGUGAAGAAUCUAUGUUGGCAGCACUGCGUCUGUUGCAAGUUUGCCGGACAUGGCGCCACGUAGCUAUGUCAUGCCCGUCUUUAUGGGCAAACAUCACCAUUCUCCUUGAUGGACAUGGCAGCAGUGGACGAGAUAGCUCGUCCUCAAGGGCCGUCGACAUUUUCCUCAAGAGGUCCAGAGCAUCUCCGCUUAGCCUGUCGAUUACCUGCAGUACUGUGCCUCAUACAAUACCAAAAUUCGACGUCCUGGUGUACAUUCUAAGCAAACUACUUAGCCAGCAGAAUCGCUGGCGAGUGGCUUGCUUUACCUUUGAGAACGUGGGGGGAACAUUGCCAGAAAUCAGGCUCGCCAAUGUGCCGCUUUUAGAGUCACUCGCCAUCGAUUGGAAGGGUACAUGGAUUAAUUAUGGCAUGGGACUAGCCCAUAUCGACUUCUCGAGUUCUCAAAAACUAGUGUCGCUACACACCUCGGGUAUCCUUAUCGAAACUAGUGGUGAGCAACUUUAUGGCCUGAAACAGGUGUCUUUCCUCGGUCGUCACGUCGAGGUCCGGGGAAUGGAUCAUCUAGAAAUCAUCCGGAAGGCGCCGCAUUUGGAAUUCCUUGGGACCAGGUUCAUCUUAAGCACAGAAGCUCGGUGGGAUAAUCCACAGUUCCCCAUGAUAAUGCUGCGUAAGCUGCGCACACUCUUGAUCGAUGACUCAGAUGUUUCCGUAUCCCUCGUCAGCAACAUAGUCGUACCAGCACUUAAACACCUGAUCUGCGGUCCUUUAAACCACGGAAACUUCUACGUACUUGUCCAUUUGCUCAAAUUGACCCAACCACCAUUGGAAGCUUUGGAGAUCACUGGUCCCUGCACGAUUCAAGACCUCUUUAUCCUUCUUCGAAUAUUCCCCGACUUGCAAAGAUUUUGUAUGAGAGGCAUCUACGUCACGCCCGAUUUCUUCGACAUGUUGUCCAUUGCAGACACAAUCGACAGUUAUAACGAGCAUCAGGGAGUCAGCUCAAUUCUAUGUCCCAAGCUCACAGAACUUUGUCUCAAAAACCUCAGGUAUCGUUGUAACGGCAAAGAAGGAGUAGAGGAAUGCAUUGAAUCGUUAUGCAGCAUGCUUGAGAAGCGCUGCAAUGCUCUGGGAGUAGUCGGAUCUAUAGAAUAUGAGCCUGUCGAACCACUGCCUGUCGGUGAAGUGCCAAACUUCAAUGUCCCAUUCGCCAAUAUAGGUUGCACCCAGGUGCGCAAGGCCCUUAUAAUGACGAAGAAGUUGGAUGUUCGAUUCAAGAAGGUGUUGACCUCCGAGAGGGAGCAAAAUUCUGCACAGGAAUAG